AAGUCUAGUUGGCAAAAUUUGAAACAAAACUCUGUUGUGUCGUAGCCAAUAUCAACCAGUAAUACACAAGCAACCAUAGAGACAUCAAGUUUUCAAUUUUAACCCUCCAAAUUUAAACGUAAAAUGCUUAUUUAAAACAACAAAGAAACGGCACAAAUAUGUUCAUAAAGGGCUGUUUGAGGCGGAUCAAUUCGCUUAGGCCAGGAACUUCGCGCGCCGCAUUAACGCGCGCGUUUUGCUCGGACGAAUGCCCAGACGAUAAGAAAGGACUUAUACUUGGUGUGUACGAGGGUGACAAUGAGGAACCCAUUUUUACAAAGGCCGCCGCCAAAUUUAACGAUCAUUUAGGCGGAAAAUUGAUGGAACUGGUUAAACAUGGCGGAUGUGAACUAAAAAAAGGCGAAGGAAGAACGUUCAAUAACAUUGACAAAGAAUUUUGGUCGGUGGCAAUUGUAGGCUUGGGCAAAGAAAAAUUGGCUUAUUGCGAAAUGGAGGCCAUCGAUGAGGGUUUGGAAGCGGUGCGCGAAGCUGCGGGAGCUGGAGCGCAACUUUUAAAAAGAGAAUGCGUCGGUAGGAUACUGAUUGAAGGCUUGGGACAUCCAGAACAGGCGGCAGAAGGUAGUGCUUUAGCUUUGUGGCGGUAUCAAGAAAAUAGAUCACGACAGCAUUGGAAACCUAUACCGACCUUGGAGCUGUUCGACGACAGUGACGCGGAAAGUUUUCAGCGGGGCCUUUUCAAAGCGGAAUCUCAAAAUUUAGCUCGACGACUUUCCGAUACACCGGCCAAUCAAAUGACGCCCCUACAUUUCGCCCAGGAAACCGUCAACGAGCUGUGCCCGUGCGGCAUCAAAGUGAUGGUCCACGACAAGGACUGGGUGGAAAAUAAGAAAAUGAAUGCCUUUUUAACGGUUGCUCGAGGUUCGUGCGAACCGCCAGUGGUCGUUGAAAUAUCGUAUUGCGGUGCCAAUCAAGAUCAAAAACCCAUUUUGAUGAUCGGUAAAGGCGUUACGUUCGAUAGUGGCGGAUUGUGUUUGAAAAGGUGCGAAAUAAUGGACCGAUAUCGGGCCGAUAUGAUUGGCGCGGCUUCCAUUAUCGCUUCUAUUCGAGCGGCGUCGGCGCUAAGCUUGCCCAUCAAUAUCGACGCUGUGAUUCCUUUGUGUGAAAAUAUGCCUAGCGGUAUGUCAAUGAAGUGCGGAGACGUAGUCAUGGGCCUGAACGGUAAGUCCAUCAUGAUUACCGACACCGACAACGAAGGACGUCUCAUUCUGGCGGACGCCCUCGUUUACGGCCAGAACGCUUACCAUCCGCGACUGAUCAUAGACGUUGCAAGUUUAACACCAGGAGUAAGAGCCGCUUUAGGGUCAGCAGCGUGCGGGGUCUUCUGCAAUUCGCAAACUAUGUGGUCACAGGUCAGAAAAGCUGGUGUGAUUACUGGCGAUCGGGUGUGGAGGUUACCUUUAUGGAAAUACUUUACGAAAAAAGUCACGAGAUUCAAAUCGCACGAUGUCAACAAUAAAGGCUUGGGUCACGGUUCAUCUUGUAUCGGUGCCGCAUUUCUGAAUGAAUUUAUCGACUGUGUGGAUUGGAUUCACUUCGACGUGACCGGAGUCGGAUUCAAAAGCGAAGAAAAAAAUUAUUCAUAUUUAACUAAAGGCCGAAUGACAGGACGACCUACGCGUACUCUAAUUCAACUAUUAUAUCAACUGUCCUGUCCUUCGGAAGGACAAAGGAAACUCGAAUGAUCUAAAAGAUUCUUUAAGUUGACCUCUAACAUAUAUAAAAAAACAUUUUCGAUGUCAGUGUGAUUAAUGCCUCUAUAUUCGCAUUUCAUCGUUGAAGCUUUAAAUCUUCACAGUUCAAUUUUUUUAAACUGUAAAAUUAAUUGUGAAUUAAUUCGCUGGCUCAAAAGUAUUCUUUUUUUUUUCCCGGCCGGGUUCGGUUUUGGGGUUCUACAGACUAAUAAUGUUACGCAGGCCUGGUCUCCUGUGACAGUUUCGAACUACCUAAAUUAAAAACAAUAUGGCAUUAUGAAAAAUCAUAUUAUAAUAAAAACAUAGGACGUACUGUUAAAAAAAAAAAAAUACUUAAAGGGACUGUGCUUAUGAGUUUUUUGUGUUCAUAAGAGUUUCUACAUUUGUGCGACAAAACCUAUGCUACAAAUAACCUUCAUGUUCUUCUAUUUAUUACUUCUAAAUGUAUCCCGUAACUUUGCGUAAACAAAAUAGGAAUAGCAAAUGGUAAUAAUAAAUUGAAAUUAUUUGGCUGAUGCAAUCUGGCGCCAAACUAACAUCAUAUCGUCAUCCAGUUACAACGUGUGUAUUUGAGAUUUUUUUUGGGUCACUGUCUUGCGGUCUUUUGUAUAAUUUUAUUUUACAAUUCUCAUACUUUUAUGAAAAAAUAUAAUAUGCUUAUACCUAUA